UAUCUGUAGCUGAAGCCAGGAUGCCUGGUUUCCGGGAAAGUGCUUUCGCCUAUGCCAUCGCAGCAGCAGGGGUGGUGCACGCUGUCUCCAACGCUUGCUCCCUGGGCAAGCUGCAGGCAUGUGGAUGUGACCAGAAGCGCCGAGGGGACGAAGAAGCCUUCCGCAUCAAGCUGCACCGGCUGCAGCUGGAGGCCAUGAACCGGGGCAAGGGAAUGAUGCAUGGUGUGCACCUGGAGCACAUGCCAGCCGAGGCCCCCGGCCUGCAGGACUCCUGGGAGUGGGGGGGCUGCAGCCCUGAUGUGGACUAUGGGGAGAAGUUUUCCAAGGACUUCUUAGAUUCCCGAGAGACCUACCGAGACAUCCACUCCCGCAUGAGGCUGCAUAACAACCGUGUCGGCCGGCAG